UCUCAUCCCUGUCUGGUCCCAGUCCAUUGGUGUCUGGAGAGUGGUCCUUCCAGCUCCUGCACUACAUCCAGGCUGUGGUGUCUGCAGCCCGGUGUUUCAAGCGCCCUACGAUGGACUUCCUGGAGGCAGAGGACGGCUGGAGCCUGUCCUUUGCAGGCGCCGGCUUCUUGGGCCUCUACCACGUGGGCGCCACCCAGUGUCUGCGCCAGCGCGCACCACGUAUCCUCCAGGGUGCCCGCCGCUUCUAUGGCUCCUCCUCAGGAGCGCUCAACGCUGUGUGCAUCGUCUGUGACAUGUCAGCAGACUUCUGCUGCUCCAAUCUCCUCGGCAUGGUGAAGCAAGUGGAGCAUCUGAGCCUGGGCAUCUUCCACCCGGCCUAUAACCCCAUUGAACACAUCAGGAAGAAGAUGGAGGAUUUCCUACCUGAGAAUUGCCACAUCCUGGCCUCCCAGAGGCUGGGCAUCUCCAUGACCCGAUGGUAUGAUGGCCAGAACACGAUAGUCACUGAUUUUGCCACUCGGGAUGAACUCAUCCAGGCUUUGAUCUGCUCCUUGUAUUUCCCCAUGUAUUGUGGGACAAUCCCUCCGGAGUUCAGAGGGGAGCGCUACAUUGAUGGAGCUCUGAGCAACAACCUGCCCUUCUCCGACUCUCCCACCACCAUCACCGUCUCUCCCUUCCAUGGGACGGUGGACAUCUGUCCCCAGAGCAGUUCAAGCAGUCUGUAUGAGCUGACCGCCUUCAAUGCCAGUUUCCAGGUCUCUACCAGGAAUUUCUUUCAGGGGAUCAUGUCCCUGUUCCCCCCCAAGCCUGAGGUGGUGGCUGACUACUGCAGACAAGGUUAUCUGGAUGCCCUGAGGUUCCUGGAGAGACGGGGACUCACCAAGGAGCCAGUGCUGUGGUCACUGGUGUCUAAGGAUUCUCCAGAACUCAUUGAGGAGCCCAGGAGUGCUGACCAUGAUCAGGGCCAGAAGCUUAGCUUGACCAUCAGGUGGGAUAUCCCCAAUGUUCUGGUCAAGGAUGUGUCCAACUUUGAACUGCUGUCACCGGAGCUGGAGGCUGCACUGAAGAAGGCUUGCAAGAGGGACUUCUGGGCUCGAUUACAGUGCUCUGUGCCAGGGAGGGCACUGACCUACCUGCUACUGCCCUGCACGCUGCCUUUUGAGUAUGUCUACUUCCGGAGCAGGAGGCUACUGCUAUGGCUUCCUGAAAUGCCAGCUGACUUGUGCUGGAUGCAGGGCCUCCUGAAGAGUACAGCCCUUGAAAUCUACUCCAUGGCAAAGACACAGCUCCUCAGGCUGGGCAGCCUACCUGUCACCAGUGCAGACUCUGGUCUCCUCCAGCCAGGGACAGCUGCUUCUGAGAACCAGGCCUUGAACCCCAGGUUUGCUGAUCGUGCACUGGGCUAGGCCAACCAAAUGUAUGACCUUCCUGAA